CAGCGCUGGAAGAUGGCGGCAUCGGCGGCGGCGGCGGCAGCGGCGGCGGCGGCUGCUGCGGCGGUGGCGGCAGCCGAGCAGCCAAGUUCCAAUGGUCCUGUAAAGAAGUCCAUGCGUGAGAAGGCUGUUGAAAGAAGGAAUGUCAAUAAAGAGCACAACAGUAACUUUAAAGCCGGGUAUAUUCCAAUUGAUGAAGAUCGCCUGCAUAAAACGGGGCUGAGAGGGAGAAAGGGCAGCUUAGCCAUCUGUGUGAUUAUCCUCCUGUUUAUUCUGGCUGUCAUCAAUUUAAUUGUAACACUUGUUAUCUGGGCUGUGAUUCGCAUUGGACCAAAUGGCUGUGACAGCAUGGAGUUUCAUGAAAGUGGUCUGCUUCGAUUUAAACAAGUAUCUGACAUGGGAGUUAUACAUCCUCUUUAUAAGAGCACAGUAGGAGGAAGGCAAAAUGAAAAUUUAGUCAUCACUGGCAACAACCAGCCUAUUGUUUUUCAGCAAGGGACAACAAAGCUCAGUGUAGAGAAGAACAAAACUUCUAUUAUAAGUGACAUUGGUGUGCAGUUUUUCGACCCAAGGACUCAAAAUAUCUUAUUCAGCACAGACUAUGAAACUCAUGAGUUUCGUUUGCCAAGUGGAGUGAAAAGUUUGAAUGUUCAAAAAGCAUCUACUGAAAGGAUUACCAGCAAUGCUACUAGUGAUUUAAAUAUAAAAGUUGAUGGACGUGCUAUUGUGCGUGGAAAUGAAGGAGUAUUCAUUAUGGGCAAAACCAUUGAAUUUCACAUGGGUGGUAAUAUGGAGUUAAAGGCUGAAAACAGCAUCAUCCUGAAUGGAACUGUGGUGGUCAGCACAACUCGCCUCCCUAGUUCCUCCAGUGGAGACCAGUUUGGGGGCGGUGACUGGGUACGCUACAAGCUCUGUAUGUGCGCUGACGGAACCCUCUUCAAAGUACAGGUGACGGGCCAGAACAUGGGCUGCCAGACCUCAGACAACCCCUGUGGAGACACUCAUUAGAAGAACCCGAGAGGGCGUCAGUAGGUUCAUAUCGUGACUUGACUUUUUUUUUUUCAGAGUAGGCAUGCAAAUCAUGUUUUUACAGAGUUUGUGAUAACUCGUAAUUAUUUUACCUGCAGAGCACUACUGUAUCUAUUAUAUAGUCUCCAUGUUUAAAAUAGUCUCAGAGAGCCUAAAUUCUAAUACAUUUCAUUAAGUUGCACUGAUCUUCAAUUUACAGUUCUCUAAAACAAGAGAAGUGAAUACAAUCAAUAUUAAUCUUUAAAGAAGUGUUUUUAAAAUGCCACUGUUCCUUGUCUAAAGGCUAAAGGGCUGAAGCAACUGUUCAGACUCACUAUAAGUAAGCUUUUGGUAACUAAUGGGGAUAGACCCACUUAAGAUGUUUAAAGGUACACCAUCAGUAAAUGUUACAUGCUCUGUCUUUUGGCUUCUAAGAGGAAAGACAGAUUUUUAGUGCAUUGACCUUCAGCCAUAUUCUCACAUGCAAGUGAGGUCAUUAAAGAACUUCGCAUAUGGGAGUUAGUAAGAAACUAUGGUUCCUUAGUUUUGCACUAGGAAGAAAAUACUCUAAUAGAAUGUAUACUCAUUAAAUAUUGAUAAAUAUUGUGCUCGCAAUGUGGUAGAAGUUAAAGCACCAUCUCAGCUUUAACUGUUAGAUGAUGAUAGCUGUCAUGUAUUGAGCAUCUUACAGUGCUAGGCAUUGUCCUAGGCAUUGCACAUGGAAUGUCUCUGAUUCUCACCACAACUCUAUAAGCAGGUGUUGUUCUCCCAGUUUACCCGUUAGGAAACUGAGGUUCAGAGAAGUUAAGAAACUUGCCUAAUGUUACAGAGGAAAUAGCAGAGUUGGGAUUGGAAUUCGGGUGUGAUUCAAACCUAGAUGGACCUGUUUCUAAAUACCGCAUUCUUUUCACUAUCUGCGCUGGAGUUUUAAUUAUUUAAAACUCUGCAAAGAUGAACAAGGACUAAUUCAGACUUACCUAGGCAGAUAAGAAUCAAACAAAACAGGUAUGCUUACUCUAAUUAAAAGAAAAUAAAUCAACCUCAGUCAAAAAACUGACCAAUCACUGUCAGAUUUUAAAUUUUCUUAAGCCAAUUCCAAAAUAUACUAUAGAGAGAUCAAAUUGGCCUAGUUGUGGGUUACCCCUGUUUCCCAACUUGGGUACCUGAAUGGGUAAAAGGGUUGCCAAGAUAUGUAUACCCUCAGCGCUCGGGGCAGCACAGUGGGAAAUGAGGAGGCCAUGCCCCAGACGAGUCCUGCUGGCCCAGGAUGGCUGGUGGAUUUACCCCAGCAAGCCAGACGAAUAUUACCCUUUUUAAUAUGUGCCAUACCUUGAAAAAAGUCAGGAAGCACUGGACGAAAGGGUACUAAUGCAGGAAAUAAUAUAAGUAAUUUUUACGUAAGUAUAAGAUUGAUCUCUGCUCCUAACAUCACCACCCGUUAUAAUGUAUUACAACCCUCAAGCCAGUUGAUUUUUUUUUUUUUGAUUUUUAAACUUGAAAUUUAUUGGCACAAUUUUUUUAUUGUCUACAUGUUACUGCUUUAUUUUUUUAUUUUUUUUUAAACAUCUUUAUUGAAGUAUAAUUGCUUUACAAUGGUGUGUUAGUUUCUGCUCCACAACAAAGUGAAUCAGUUAUACAUAUACAUAUGUUCCCAUAUCUCUUCCCUCUUGCAUCUCCCUCCCUCCCACCCUCCCUAUCCCACCCCUCUAGGUGGUCACAAAACACCGAGCUGAUCUCCUUGUGCUAUGUAAGCCAGUUGAUUUUUAAGGUGUUUUAUAGUUGACUUGAAAGGAACUCUCUGGUAUUAUUAGGAUACACACAACAUCAGGAAGAGAGACCUCAAAGUAGUGUGCUGUAAAAUAGGCAGAAGAGAUAAAUCAUAGGCCCCGUUCUGCAUUCAAGUAUAAUAUUCUGUCCUUGCCAGUUUGAACUAUAUAGAUAAGAAAAUCAAUACAAAAAAAAAUUUGCAUUCAAUAUUGUCACAGUUCUCUCUGAUAGAAAAACCAAAUACUUUAGAGAUUAUGAAUAGUCAUUAAAGUAUACUAAAGUAGAGAUUGACUUACUACCCACUACUGAGUGAAGUUUUUUUUUAAGUGAAGAGAAAAGGAGAGAGAGUGAAAUUUAUGACCUCUGGGUGUUAUUUGUUGUCGUGAUAUUCAGAACCCAUAUGAAUAUAUUCAGUAUCAUUUAAUAUCUGAAUAAUGUUCAGAAAAAAUCCAUUGGAAUAUUC